ACAAAACGAUAUUCACGAGGUCGGAGGUAGGUAAUGUGAACCCAAUUGCAAUCAUUGCUAAAAUUCAAAACUAAUACUAUCAAGUCAAAAAAGACAUAGGCCACUUAUUACAAACGUCCACACAAGCUUCCUUGACGAUUCCUCCGGCCUCCAUUACCAAUUUUUCUACAAAAUUUCUUCAAUAUUUUUGACAUAAUUCGCAGGCGCCCAAUCAGGAUAGUUGGCCUUGUCGAGAUGCAUUACAUUCGUUGACCAAGUUUUUUUGAAUGAAAUCCCACAAAUCUAUCAGUUGAGCUAGAUGAGCUGCACUAGUAGCUAAAAAAGAACCACUCCAUUCUUGUUUGUUUCUAUCUCUACUAUGAUACAGAUUCCUUCGUUUCUUUGAAACCCUCUCCUUAACUGAACUUAUGGCUACUCACAGCUGCCCGCCAAGUGGACUCAAUGCAAAAUAUUAUGUUGGUAAUAAUGGAGAGUGUAUGAGACAGAGUAGCUUUUUUCAAGGCCAACCAGUGCUAAAUCAAGGCGUCGGGUACUCUGUAAUACUGGGGUUUGGUGCCUUCUUUGCUGUUUUCACUUCAUUCCUGGUAUGGUUAGAACGGCGCUAUGUUGGAUCUCGACAUACAUCUGAAUGGUUUAACACAGCUGGUAGAAAUGUCAAAACAGGGCUCAUAGCCAGUGUAAUUGUAUCCCAGUGGACAUGGGCUGCAACUAUUUUACAGAGUUCAAAUGUUGCUUGGGAAUAUGGAGUCAGUGGGCCUUUUUGGUAUGCAAGCGGUGCUACAAUUCAGGUUCUCUUGUUCGGAAUUAUGGCUAUUGAAAUCAAAAGAAAGGCUCCCUAUGCGCACACUGUUUGUGAGAUUGUACGCGCUAGAUGGGGCUCUGCUGCACACGUUGUCUUCCUAGCAUUUUGUUUUCUGACAAACAUCAUUGUGACAGCAAUGCUACUGCUGGGCGGUUCUGCUGUUGUAAAUGCUCUGACUGGUGUAAACAUAUAUGCUGCUAGCUUUCUGAUUCCACUUGGUGUCAUCGUUUACACAAUUGCAGGAGGACUGAAAGCUACUUUUUUAGCUAGCUAUAUACAUUCAGUUAUUGUUCACAUAGUUUUGGUGGUAUUUGUAUAUUUAGUGUAUACAUCAAGUUCUGAGCUGGGGAGUCCAAAGAUUGUGUAUGAAAAAAUUCUUAUGGUUGCAAGCAAAUCAAGAAGCUGCAUAGAACCAUUGUCACACGAAGGGCAGGCAUGUGGUCCUGUAAGCGGGAAUCAUGGAGGUUCAUACCUCACCAUGUUGAGUUCUGGGGGCCUUGUUUUUGGCAUCAUAAAUAUUGUCGGCAACUUUGGUACCGUCUUUGUGGACAAUGGAUAUUGGGUCAGUGCUAUAGCAGCACGGCCAUCCUCCACCCACAAAGGUUACUUGCUCGGAGGUCUUGUUUGGUUUGCUGUUCCAUUUUCACUGGCAACAUCAUUGGGCCUUGGUGCUUUAGCUCUUGAUCUACCGUUGACAGCAAGUGAGGCUAGCCAUGGACUGGUACCACCUGCUACAGCAAUUGCUCUCAUGGGAAAGGGUGGUGCUGUAUUGCUUCUUACAAUGUUAUUCAUGGCGGUGACAUCUGCUGGUUCCUCGGAGCUCAUUGCAGUGUCUUCACUAUGCACUUAUGACAUCUACCGAACUUAUGUCAAUCCCAAAGCCGAUGGGAAGCAGAUCCUCAAAGUCUCCAGGGCAGUGGUUCUCGUGUUUGGAUGCCUUAUGGGUGUCCUGGCAGUGGUGCUGAACAAGGCUGGAAUCUCUUUGGGAUGGAUGUACUUAGCAAUGGGGGUGCUAAUUGGUUCAGCUGUAAUGCCCAUAGCUUUCCUACUCCUAUGGAGAAAAGCCAAUGCAGUGGGAGCAAUAUCAGGAACAAUAGGAGGCUGUAUAUUCGGAAUAACUACAUGGCUUUCUGUGACAAGUAUAGAAUAUGGAAGGGUAAAUCUUGACACAACAGGAAGGAAUGCACCCAUGCUUGCUGGGAACCUGGUGUCGAUACUAUCAGGUGGUCUAAUUCAUGCAGUCUGUAGUUUUCUUUGGCCCCAAAACUAUGACUGGGAAACAACCAAAUGCAUUACCAUGGUGGAGAUGGAUAAGACAGACUUACCUGCAGAAGAAUUCAAGGACGAAAGGCUGAGGAGAGCCAAAAUAUGGAUUGUCAAGUGGGGCAUGGGAUUUACUGUUGUAAUUGUGGUUUUGUGGCCCAUUCUUUCUCUCCCAGCUAAGGUUUUCAGCUCUGGGUACUUCACAUUCUGGGCUAUCAUAUCCAUUGCUUGGGGUAGUAUUGCUUCCCUGGUCAUUAUCAUACUUCCUUUGAUUGAAAGCAGGGAGACUAUUGGCAUGGUGCUGUUGGGCAUGCUUACAAAUGACAGUGUUGUGGAAAGGCUCGAGGAAAUAAAUUCCAGACUCAAAGCACUAAUGCAAGCAAUGCCUGAAGCAGAGAGACUGUAUUUGCUAGAAAAGGGAAGGAUCAAGAAAGAAGAAGCAAUGGAUGCAACCAAUGAUGAUAAUGCAAGUCCAAACCAUGUCUGAAUAUGUGAAAGCAAAAUCUAUAUAAAAUGAACUUAAAUCAAUAGUAAUGUAUUUUAUUAGUCCCUAUCAGCGUGACCGUUACAAGAAUCAGGUUUGUUUAACAAGUAAUUUAUUUCAUGUUCUUCUAGAUUAAUUGAAGGUUAUUUUUGUUGUCCUUUUAUA